UCUAUUCUAUUCUCAAUCGCUGCUGGUUUUAAAGAUCGCGUGUGACGUAUGCAGCAGCAGCAACUACGUUUACAGUAAAGUUUACAGUCUGUGAAUUCGGUUUGUUUUCCUGGAUGUUGUUUUUAUUCACAUGGACCAAGAAUCAGUGACUGAAACUCUGGCAUCUUACACGAGGAUUUAAAUGAGGCGAGGAUGGCGGACAUUAGGACAUAUAAUGUUGUUGUUUUGGGAAUAGGAUUUUUGUUCAUUUUUACAGCCUUCACCACUUGUGGUAACAUCGAACAAACAGUGGUGAAAAGCCUAAAUAGCACUAACUUCACUGGAAGUGGGUAUCACAGCCUUGGAAUAAUAUAUGGAGUUUUUUCCUUCUGUAAUGUGUUAGCUCCCACUAUCGUUGCAAUAAUUGGACCACAGUUUGCAAUGUUCUUCAGUGGAAUUCUUUAUAGUGGUUAUAUAGCUGUAUUCAUCAUUCCAUCCACAUGGUCCCUUUAUUUUACAUCAGUGGUAAUUGGCAUUGGAGCAGCCAUGCUUUGGACAGCCCAAGGGCACUUUCUAGUUGAGAACUCGGAUGCUUCCACCAUCAACAGGAACACAGGAUUGUUUUGGGCUUUACUGCAGUGCAGUAUGUUGUUUGGCAAUCUAUACGUUUAUUUUGAUUGGAAAGGAAAAACUGAAAUUUCAGAUAAAGACAGAAAGAUCAUGUUUACGGCUCUGCUGGUUAUCUCAGUUCUCGGGACACUAAGUUUUCUUGCCUUGAGGAAGGUUUGUCAGCUGGAAGAGGCUCUGUCUGAAGAGGAGGGUCAGUCUCUGUUAUCGGCAAGAUUAAUAUAUACACAAAGAGCAACAUCUGCUGUGACGGAAGCUAAAACAGAGUUUAAGACGAUUGUGGAACUGUUCAAAACAAAAACCAUAAUGUUAUUAAGUUUCUGCAUGGCAUACAGUGGCUUGGAGCUGUCAUUUUACAGUGGAGUUUAUGGAACCUGCAUUGGAGCUACGACACACUUUGGCGAUGCAGCAAAAGGCUUAAUCGGCAUUUCAGGCAUUGUGGUGGGAAUCGGAGAAAUAAUUGGGGGAGGAUUGUUUGGACUUGUAUUGAAAAAUAACCGUUUCAGGCGCACUUCAGUUGUCUUCUUAGGGAUGGUUGUGCACUUUGUGGCCUUCUACCUGAUAUUCCUCAACAUACCAGAUGAUGCACCUGUGGUUUUUCAAACAAGCUCACAGCAUAAGCCAUAUCUGGCACCAAGCUUGUCCAUAGCCCUGCUGUGCAGCUUCUUGCUGGGUCUCGGGGACAGCUGUUUCAACACUCAACUCUACAGCAUUCUGGGACGGGCGUAUGCCGAGCAGAGUGCACCAGCCUUUGCUAUAUUUAAAUUCAUACAGUCUAUUUUUGCAGCUGUGGCGUUCUUCUACAGUGGUUAUAUACUGCUGACGUGGCAGCUCCUCGUUAUGGUCAUCAUGGGCUUCAUAGGAACGCUGUGUUUUUUCAUGGUGGAGAGGAUGCAGAAUAUGUCAGCUGAUACACUGGAGUAUUAGAUUGGAGCCUCAACCAGGACACAUUUCAGUAAGCGUUGUACUACUUGCACUAUUUGUUUGUUGUAAUUAAGAUUGAAUUAUUAGUAUAAGCACUACUCGGGAUUUAUGAGAAGGUGCCUUUUUGUGUUUUUUUGUUUAGUUUUUUUGAGACCUUAAAAUACAUAUGGAAUUAAUAUUAUUACUUUUAAUUUCUCUAUGUAAAUGCUUUGAUAAAGUAUUGUUUGUUGGAAUUGCAUUGCGAUAUCCUAAAUCUGUAAUGGAAUUGUAUUAUGGUAAAAUUAUACUUCAAAUGAGAUUACAUUAAAGCU